AUUUUUACUAUUUAAUUUGACAGCUCUUUUUCCUCUCCUUAUCUGAUCUUCUCCUACUUCCAGAUUCGCUACUUCGUCUUCUCCAUUUUCACACCGAGAAAACUUUUCCGGCGCUCUGAAAAUGGCGGCUUCUACUUCAGCGUGCUUCCGCCCUCUUCCUCUCUCUGGUUCUGCCCCACUCCGUCAACCGGCGGAGCUCAGUUCCAACUCGGCAAUCUCCUUCGGUUUCAACUUCUCCGCCGAAGUCAGAGGAUUAGGUCUCCGUUUAACCAGCUCCCCGUCGUCUUCUCCCCUCCAGGUCGUUUGCAUGCGCGGAUCCAAAGGUGGCAAGAAAGAGAAAACGGCAAAACCCGACCCAGUUUACCGUAAUCGAUUAGUUAGCAUGUUCGUUAACCGAGUCCUGAAAAGUGGGAAAAAGUCACUGGCCUAUUUCAUUAUGUACCGAGCCUUGGGGAGGGUUCAGGAAAAGACGGGACAAAAUCCAUUGGCAGUGUUGAGGGAAGCAGUGCAAGGAGUUACUCCUGAUGUAGCUGUGAAAUCUAGGCGUGUUGGGGGUGCAACUCAACAGGUUCCUGUUGAAGUAGACACGACUCAGGGCAAAGCACUUGCGAUCCGUUGGCUGCUGGUGGCAGCUAGAAAGAGGCAAGGUCGGGAUAUGGUGUUCAAACUAAGUAAUGAGUUAAUCGAUGCUGCCAAAGGAAGUGGUGAUGCUGUAAGGAAGAGAGAGGAGACCCAUAGAAUGGCGGAGGCCAAUAGAGCUUUUGCACAUUAUCGUUAGAACAUUGAAUCAGAGAUUGGCAGAAAGCAAUUCAAUGGCUGAGUUUUGAAUUGAAAGAAAGGGAACAACAAUGUUAUCUUUAGUUAUCUGUACCUGCUUUUCUUUUGAUUCUGAUUAGAGCAGUAAGGGAACACAUCUCUUGUAUCUUCCUGUAACCUUAAUUCAUUAGUCUGUCUCUCUCCAAAUAUGAUGAUAGUCUUCUUACUUGCAUUAUCUGUUUCUACAACCAUAUUAGGCUAAUAUGCUGUUGGAGACUAAGUGCAGAGUGCUCCUGCAUUCUGUCUCAGAUUGGAGAAUGAUUAAUUUUCAUUUCGUGUAUGAAGUUGAGAGUACUGAAUGGUUAGAAUGUGCUUAUGGGGAGCACCCCCUCCAUAGCAUCUUUGCCUUGGUGGUAUAUAAUUGCUUCUCUUCAUGCUUUAGUUGAGCAACCCACUGAAGCGAUGGAUGGUGACUACAUGCAAUUCAAUGAUGAGUCUGAAUACGUAGUUACUGGCCUGCUGGGAACAUUUGGCACAUGCUUGUACCCUUGAGGGAUCUGUAUCACUGUAUCGCCCGGAUGGUAUUAGAUGAUCCAACAGCUCAAGCAGAUGGUAUCUUCCUUAGAUAAGAGUUUCCUGAGAAGAAUCUUGGGGAGUUGAUUAAGUGUUGUUUUCUGUUGCUUGCUUUAUGGUUGGUUUAGAUCAAGUUGUCCUACACAGAUUUCAGUAAACAUCUAGAGUCUAGUAAUAAGACAGGCUUCUUUAACCACUAUGUUUUUCGCUAUGUUCAGCAGCAGCAGUUGUUACCAAGGACUCUUGGGAGAAGUCAAUUCUGAAAAGUGAUACCCCUGUCCUAGUUGAGUUCCAUGCAAGUUGGUGUGGCCCCUGUAAGAUGGUCCACCGAGUAAUUGAUGAGCUUGCUGGGGAGUAUGAAGGAAGAAUUCAGUGCUUUGUGCUCAAUGCAGAUAAUGAUUCCCAAAUUGCUGAGGAAUACGAGAUUAAGGCUGUGCCUGUAGUUCUGCUUUUCAAGAAUGGAGAAAAGCAAGAGACCGUGGUUGGUACUAUGCCCAAGGAAUUCUAUGCAGCCGCAAUUGAGAGGGUUCUGAAGCCAUGAAUGCCUCUCUUUUCUCGUCACUGUCGAGCAUAAUAGAAACUCGGAUCAAUGCUUUUUCUCUUGUUGUUUGUUUGUUUGUUUGUUGUCUCUGUUUCUUGCUAUCAGGUGUGGUGGAAUUUUUGUUCUGCUUUGAGUUAUCUACUAGAACAUAUAGAGCUGAUGAAACAUGUUAUGCUCAUUGCCGGCUUCAAAAAACAGGUGCAAAUGAGUUUUUGUGCACCUUGAUGUGGUCGGAAGCUUAUGACAUGUAAAUACAUUGUGCAUUCUCUUUUCAUCUUUGUCUAUAGAAGGUUAAUAAAAUAACUAUUGAUUGCGAUUUGAGUUCCUUAAAAGCUGAUUAUCUGGUCUCUCUGUUUACUUGUGAGAGAAGUUUCUUUCGGGGUUGAAGAGUCUG